AUGAAAGCCAACGAUCGAAAGGCAUUUCAGAACACUUGUUUACUCGUAUGCACCGAAACAAGUUACCAGAUCCAGAGCAUUAUUGACGUACGAAAGUUUAGCAGUUACCAGAAACUUAUUACCAUUACAUCAAUGGUUUUACGAUUUAUUCGACGAGUGAAGAAAGCCCAUUUAAGAGCCGAAGAGAAUAAGAACUCUGAAGCUGAAAUCGCAGAAAUUUUAUGGUUUAAACAAAUCCAGUUAGAUCUUCCAAAUCAUCCUUCGUUUGAAACGUGGAAAAAAACAGUUUGGAUUAUUCUGGGAUAAGAAUGGAAUCAUCAAGUGCAAGGGACGAAUUUCGAAAGCGAACAUUCCUGACGAAACCAAACAUCCAAUUCUAUUGAACGCAAAGAAUAGAUUAACCGAGUUAAUUGUUAAGGAAUCCCACAAUCGCGUGUUUCACAACGGUGUUAAAGAGACACUUACAGAACUACGCUCGAGGUUUUGGAUAAUUCGUGGCAGACAAUUUGUAAGGAAGUUAAUUCACAGGUGCGUGGUUUGCAAGAAACACGAGGGUAAACCCUAUUCCCUACCUGCCUCCCCAGCUUUGCCAGAAUUUCGAACACAACGACAAGCACCCUUUGCCUCGACUGGAGUUGACUUUGCUGGGCCGCUGUAUGUCAAAGAAUCAAAGAAGAGCAAGACACAAACAAAGACCUGGAUCGCCCUUUAUACAUGCGCUGUCACGAGAGCUCUCCAUUUGGAACUCGUUUCGGACAUGACUAGUGAAUCUUUCCUAUUGUGUUUUCGACGAUUCUGUGCGAGGAGAGGACUUCCCAAGAGAAUGAUUUCUGAUAACGCCAAGACGUUUGUAACUGCGUCCCGAAGAUUAAAGGCUUUAUUUCAACUUCCCGAAGUUAGACAUCAUAUGGAUAUCAAACGGAUUGAGUGGUCAUUCAAUACUCCUAAGGCCCCUUGGCAAGGAGGAUUCUUCGAACGAUUAGUUAAGUCAGUAAAGCGGUGUCUGAAGAAAAUACUCGGGAAGGCAUGUGUCACCUAUGAUGAACUACUAACUAUAUUUACAGAGAUUGAGUGUGUCUUAAAUUCAAGACCGUUAACUUAUGUUUCUACCGAAGAUCUCGAGGAACCUUUAACGCCAUCACACCUACUUUGUGGAAGACGAAUUUUAUCUGUGCCAUCUGGCGAUACAUCUGAGCUAAUACAUGUAGAUCCUGACUGGAACCCUAAAUCGGAAGAAUUUACUAAACGUGUUGUUUAUUUACAGAAGUUGAUUGACAAAUUUUGGAACAGAUGGUCGAAGGAAUAUCUGUUAGAGCUACGAGAAUCUCAUCGUAACACUUCCCAGAAUUCGUUGUCUCAAGAAAUAAGCGUAGGAGAAAUGGUUUUAGUACAUCAAGAUAAUCAGCGUCGAGGAUCGUGGAAAUUGGGAAAGGUUGAGAAACUGAUUAAAGGUGAUGACCACAAAGUUAGAUCUGCAAUUGUAAAGGUUAAUGGAGAAGGAAGAAAAGCAAACCAGUUGAAGAGACCUAUCAAUAAACUAUAUUCAUUGGAAGUAAGAUCGCAAGACGAAGACAAAUCAAUCUCAGCGAAUGUACCCGAGACGCAAGCCAAUAUAGAACAGUUGGUUCAGGAUCAACAGGAGACUACACCGCGAAGAAGAGCUGCAGUAAUGGCAGAUAUGAUCAGGAAGCAAUGGAUAAGAGAUGAGUACAUUUAA